AUGCCUUCCCAACAGAUCACAGACCCCUCCCCUGCUCAGAGCAGCCUGGCCCUGAGGGAAGUAGAGCCCAAGGACCAGCAACUGAUGGUGGCCCUUCGGAUCCGCCCGCUCAACUGUACAGAACUGGAGGAAGGAGCCACUGUCAUCGCCCACAAAGUGGGGGACCAGGUGGUUGUGCUUAUGGACCCCAGUGAAGACCCGGAGGACCCCCUGCGUGCACACCGGUCCCGAGAGCGCACUUUCAUUUUUGACACAGUGUUCGACCAGCGCGCAUCUCAGGAAGAUGUGUACCGUGCCACCAUCCAGCAUUUAGUGGAGGGCAUCAUCUCCGGAUACAAUGCAACAGUGUUUGCCUAUGGCCCCUCAGGUGCAGGGAAGACCCACACUAUGCUGGGCAUGGAUGCAGAGCCUGGUAUCUACCUGCAGACCCUCACUGACCUCUUCCAGGCCAUCGAGGAGACCCAGGACAACAUGGAAUACAGCGUGUCCAUGUCUUACCUGGAGAUUUAUAACGAAGUCAUCCGUGACCUCCUGAACCCAUCCUCUGGGUUUCUGGAGCUGAGAGAAGAUUCUAGAGGCAGCAUCCAGAUUGCAGGCAUCACAGAGGUAUCCACUUCAAAUGCGCAAGAGAUAAUGCAGCUCCUCACCAAAGGCAACCGGCAGCGCACACAGGAGCCCACAGCUGCCAACAAGACGUCAUCCCGUUCCCACGCAGUGCUGCAGGUCACUGUGCACCAGCGGAGCCGAGGCGCUGACCUGACUGAGGAAGUGGGCCUUGGGAGGCUCUUCAUGGUGGACCUGGCAGGCUCAGAGCGUGCAUCCCAGACCCAGAACCGAGGCAAGAGGAUGAAGGAGGGUGCGCACAUCAACCGUUCGCUGCUGGCAUUGGGCAACUGCAUCAAUGCGCUCAGCGAGAAAGGCGGCAGCCGGGCGCAGUACGUGAACUUCCGUGACAGCAAACUCACACGCCUGCUGAAGGAUGCCCUGGGAGGGAACAGCCGCACAGUGAUGAUCGCCCAUAUCAGCCCUGCCAGCAGCAGCUUUGAAGAGUCACGGACCACGCUGCUCUACGCCUAUAGGGCGAAGAACAUCAAGACCAGGGUCAAGCGCAACCUGCUGAAUGUCUCCUACCGAAUUGCACAGUACACGGAUGUAAUCUCCGACCUGCGCAGGGAGAUCGAGCACCUCAAGUCAAAGCUUGAGAAGCAGGAGAAGAAAAUGGAAGCUGGUGUCCCGGAUGUACAAGGUAUUAGACACAGAGAUAUUACAAUCACCCCCCAUGAUGCAGAAGAAGAUAACCGUCUUCAGAUGAACAAGAUCCGAGCGCAGCUCAUUGGGGCUUUCAAGGAGCAGAUGGAGAUGCGGCGCAGCCUGGUGGAGCUGGAGAAUACCAACAUUGAGUUGCACAUAGACAUGUCUCGCCAUCUGCUGACCAUUGCAGACUGGGAACAGGAGAAGACCCACCACCACGUGCAUGUGGACAGCGGCAGGAAGGAUGAGCCAGGGCAUGCCGACGGGGAGGAGGGCAAAUCUGCAGAGCCCCCAGAGGUGGCACUGGCCAGAGAGGAGGUGACGCUGCUCUUGGCUGAGCAGCAGAAAACUGCAGCCCUCAAGGCUGGGCUGGAGCAGCGUCUGGCCCACGCCAAGCAGAAGGCCUCACAGAUGGAGAAGCUGCUGCCCAGGCAGGUGAUUCGCGAAGAUCAGCGGGAGGUGCUACGGCUACUGUGCAGGGCCCACGAGCUGGAAGUGGAGAACACGGAGCUGCAGGCAGACAACUUGUGCCACAGGAACCUGCUAUGCCAGAAGGAUUUUGUGAUCCAGCGUUACCACCAGCACCAGCUGCUGUGCCAGCAGGUUAUCCAGGCACAGCGGCAGCUGAUGCAAGACAGUGGCAUUUCAGCCCCAGAGCCCCUGGAGCAGCAAUACCAGCUGUACUCCCGGGAGCUGGGAGAGGGCACACUGGAUCGCCUGCUGCUACAGCACUCCGUGAUGUCCAGCUCGCUCCGGUACCAGGAUGGCUCCAUUCUGAACAUGUCAUCUCCACUGCCUGAGGAAAACGGUGGAGAGCAGCCUGGUGACAGGAAGGACCUCCCGUGGGGAGCCUCAUUUGAACUGCCGCAGAUGCUCCUGGAAAGAGACAGUGAUGGGAACAAGUCCUCCAAAAGCACACCGCUGAGGAGGCUGGGAAAACAAGACUACCUUUUCCCUCCGCCGCCAGCCCUCCGAAUCCUGCUGACUCCCCCCAUGCUUGAGAAGCCAAGCCCUCUGAGCAUCAAGAGCCUGGUUUCCAGCCUGCAACCCACAGCUGGCCUGGAGCUGAGAGCCCCACAGCUGGUGGGAGAGACCAGCGGCCCCACCCUGAGUGCCCAGGCCCUCAAGGAGAUGGCCUUGGGUACCAAGAACAUCGCCCUCAUCGCAGCAAGCCGGCGCUGCAAAGUGCAGGACAAAGAGGGCAGUGGCUUGGACUCCAGGGACCCCAGCCCUGCAGACAGGAGGUGGCCCCAUGCCAGUCCCAUCAGGGACCACUCCAUGGAGAGGAAGAUAGGAAGGAAGAGGUCACCCUCAUUUACCUGGAGUGUGCAGCCAGUAACUGAGAAACCUCAGCCCUCUGUGGAGCAUUUGGCUGAGAACCAGCUGUCCCCAGUGUACCUCCAGCCACCAAAGCAUUCUGGGAAGAGCUUUUUCCCUGCUGUGCCCACAGCCUCCAAAGUGAAACCCAGUCUCAGUUUCCACGCAGAUGAGAACACGCUCCAAGUGCCCGAGGUCAGCUUCACUUUCCCCAGUGCCAUGUGGCAGAACAGCCCAUCAUCUAGCCGGCCAUCCCUCCUGCCACGAGACAUCCGAGGCUGGAAGAUGAUUGGUGCUGAUGGUGGCAGCCCAGCGGGAGAGGGGUCAGGCUCUGUGAGGAUCUACAGACAGCGGAGGUCGGCGUCACAGCCCGCUGCCUCCCAGCAACCCCCGCAGGCUCCAGGGCGACAGUGCCAAGAGGCCAAGGCGACCGAAGUAGUAGAUGAUGACAAGACAGCCAUACAGGAGGCCGGGAACCAAAUGGACCCCGAAGUUGGAUCAGAGAUGGAGAGCAGUGCCAGAUACAGGGGCCGCCUUGGAUAG